AUGUCGGGUCUUACUAGGAAACACAGUAACAAAAGUAAAUCAAUUUACAAAUGCGCAAGGAUAUACGAACGGUACACAGAACAAGCUCUCGGCCACGCAAUCGUCCGCAACAACUGCGCAUUCCCCAUCUACCUCUGGUCCGUGUCCUCGACCGUCAGCGAGCAGCAAAACAUGACGCAGGGCGCCCUCUACGCCGAGACAUUCCGGCGGGACCCGCAAACCGGCGGCGUGGGCAUCAAGCUCACGACUGUGCCAAACGGGCUCGAGACUUCGGCGCCCCAGACUAUUUUUGCGUAUAACCUUGUCGCCGAUAGGGCUUGGUAUGAUUUGUCGGAUGUGUUUGGGGAUCCGUUUAGGGGCAACAGGGUGUUUUUGGACGGGGAGGUUACGGAUAUUGUUUGGGAGAGGGGGGUACCACCUGCGGGGUCUAGGAUUGGGAAUCAGAGGGCCGGGGUGGAUUUGGUUUUGACGGUUUGUUAG